GCGGAUUGUUAUGAUUGCGAGGCACUCAGGAGCUUGUCUCGCUCCGGCUGGAUAGUGAUCGUUGGAUAGCUCAUCCUGUCAUCAAUUGCUCAUCCCAAUUUAACAUACUCCCUGUUCUAGUGCACCACCUAACCUACCUAGGUACAGCCUACAAAUCCUGCAUCCGCUGCAGUGCCUGCCUACCCACAGUACUCUUAUACUACCCUCGGUCGCAAUACUGCUCCGACAAGAACAAAGGCCACAAUGUCAUUAAUUGUGCUUCCCCCGGACUUUAAAAUCAUAUCAUCUCUACGUUACGAUCCGGCGCUCGUGGCUGUGGGCAAGCAGGGAGCCGCACAAUCCUCAACAGAUCCUUUCAGUACACCGUACUACCUCCUCCCUUAUCACCAAGCGCGGCUCCGAAAUGCGGCGACAUGUUUUGGCUGGGGAAAGGCUCUGGCUUUUCUGCAACAAGACACCAAUCAAUUUGCCAAAUAUCUUGACACGUUCAUCCCGGAUGAUACCAAACCAUGGCGCCUCCGUAUUGUCAUGGAUAAGAUGGGCACGUGCGAGGUCGAGAUCAACCCAACAACGUUGAUGGAUCCCCUGAACCUUCUACUUCCCUCCGAAACGAGCCCUCAAACCACGGUAUGGCGUGUCUACAUCGAUUCCGAACGCAUAGCGCCGUCUGUAUUCACGACGCACAAGACUACAGCCCGCGACUUCUACACAGCUGCAAGGCUUCGGUCGGGAAUCGUUUCUCUACUAGAGCAGGCGGAAGUACUCCUGGUGAACCCAGCAGGUGAAUUAAUGGAGGGCAGCAUUACAACGCCAUACUUCAGACGGAGGGACCUUGCGGAAGGGGAAGGAGGCCCAGCCUGGAUCACGCCGCCGCUUUCGAGUGGUGGCAAUGCUGGCACAACAAGACACUAUGCUUUGACAGAAGGGUUUUGCAUGGAGCACACAAUAGCAGCCACCGACCUAGUCGAUGGGGAGGAGUGUUGGCUCAGCAAUAGUGUGAGGGGGUUCAUCCGCGGUAAAAUCGCGAUUGAGCAGGCGAGCAGUUUAAACAAGCAGCAUCCCCAACGCCACCCCAGCUUCAGCGCCCUCCUCCUUCCCCCGUUGCCCCCCAUCUAUCCUGUCUCAAUCCAUCAAUCCAGCCUGUAUGAAUCAUCUGCAAUCAUGAAGUUCUUCGAGAAUGUCUUCACCUACGACUACUCCUUCCCGGCCGUGUCGCUGGCCUACUUCCUUCGCUAUCCUAACCCUUAUUCUCGCCAUGUCCUGACCACCGAUGUCAUUGACCGCUAUGUUGAUCCCUCGACCCAGCGUCUCCACACUACCCGUCUCCAUCUGAAGAAGUCCAAAGUGCCGUCGGGAAUCCUCAAGCUGCUUCCCAAGGGCAUUGGUGGAUCGGACAACUCCGGCCAGAGCUACAUCCUGGAAACGACCAUUGUCGACGCCAAAGAGGGCUGGAUGCAGACGGAAUCGCGUAACAUGGAAUGGACUGGAAUCCUGAGUGUGGUGGAGAAGCAAUUCUACCAGCGCCAGCCGCUCGAAGGCGCGCUCGACACGCUUGAAGGGCUUUCUCUCGAUGACAAGAGAAGCGAGCAGACCACGGUGCGGACCACAGUCACUUUCCGCUCCCGGUUCGGACAAGGAAAGUUGCUCGGUCGGAAGAAGGCUGAGCCCAGUAGCGAUCACACGGGGGAUUACGAGGAAGAGGCUCCCAAACGGGGGCUUUUCAGCUCGUUGUCCACGGCGGGUAUUCAACGCACCAUUGAGUUGAUUGGGUUGAACCGCACCCGGGAUGCUGUGCUGAAGAGCAAGCAAGGCAUGAACGUGGUGCUUGAGCGCUUGCGCAGUGGGGGCAUUGUGGGCGUUCUCGAGGGCAUGCGUCAAGAUCGAGAGGCGGUCUACGGGCCGGAGGGUGGUCCCUGGAAGCGCGUUUGGCUAACGGGCAACGGACAUGCAUCUAUUGAAGAUGAUGACCACUGAUUCGAUAUUUUCAACUACCGGGAAGGAAGGCGAUCAAUACGGGAAACAUAUAUGCGGCAUUCAAGCGUGGAGCUCUGGCGUUUGGGAUUUUUUUUCUUUUGUUUUUGACGGACACUCUCCUACUAUCUUUGACACUCACCGUCACGGUCGACUUUUGUCACCGUCACAUCAACACCAUCGACAUAUGCAUAUGUUCAAAACAGGUAUACGACGAGACAUGUCACGGAUCAAGACAUUGUGUAUAUUAGGAAAAGGUUGGCGCCCGGUCGGCUACUUUUACUGAUUUUGGUGGCACCUAUGUACAAUAUCAACUACAACGAUACUUUUAUCGCAUACAUAUAGUCGUUCAUUAAUCUUGAGUACAUUGGUUAUGACUAACCCAGACUGUUCAAAUGACGCUGAGGUCUACAAGCUAG